GGAAGCAAACAUUUCAUUAAAGAAGACACCAAGUGCAAUGGCAGGAGGCUCUCACCUAAUUCGGCUUCUCCUGCUUCUCUCAGGUGUCUUUGAAGCUUCUGACAGCAGACAUGUCCCUCCGGAGACGAACAAAACAUUUAUCAGCUUUGCAGGAAGUGCAAAUGUGGAUUCCUACCUUAGCAAGUUCCCAAUAACAUUACCAGAAGGAAUUGAUCCCAAGAAUAUACAUGUCACGUCAGUUAAAAUAGCAAGCUGUACUGAUAUGGAGGAAAAGAUUAAUUUGCUGAACAAGCAGCUGCAGGAGACAACCCUCCAUAACAGCCAACGAGAUGAAGAAGCCUUUGAGUUGAGGAGGGACGUCAGGCUGCUAAAAAUGCAGCUUGCCACAUGCAGUUCAACAGCCUCAGCUGUUACUGUCUCUCAUCAAACCCAGCUAUACUAUCAAAUGAAACUGCUGCUGGAGACGUUUGACAGUGAUACUUUUCUGAAUCUAAAAGUCAUUGCACUAACCAGGGAGGUAACAACAUUACAGAGGAGGAUCGAACUGGCUGCCAAUUCCACUGAAACUGAAAUCAGAGUGCUAAAAAAUGAGCUGCAAGUGAAGAUGAACGAUCUGCAGGCUAAGAAGCAGCAAAUGGAAAAACGAUUCUCAAACUCAGCACUCAUUCUUCAGAUCAUCUCACUGCAAAAUCAGAUCUGGGAUUUAGAGGUGGAAGAAUCAAGAAGAGGAGAAACUGUUCUUCAGCAGGACAAUAGAAUUGCUGCUCUUCAGAAACAACUGGACAUGAAGCUCAGGGAGCUGCGACAACAAGGAGAUGCCAGUUCAGUCAUGCUGGAGAUCAUUUCUGUGUACAGUAAGAUUGCAGUGACACAGAGACUCAUCAGUGUCCACACUGAGAAAUCCAAAGCUAAUUAUACUGAUUACCAGAUGCAAAUGAAACAAAAGGCUGCGCUCCUGACAAAGAAGAUUUUACGCUUGAAUCGUGAGGAGGGUAACACAGAACUAACAAAGGAAAUUUUUAUUCUGCAGGGUGAAAUUGGGAUUCUCAGACAGAUGAUGGUCAACGCCAAAACUGAUCACAGACUUACAGAGCUGAGAGUUAUUCUGGAACAGGGGAAGAGCCAACAAGAAAACUUACGGAAACAACUAGAGGAGACAGAUUUUACACAGGCACAACUGAUCAUGAAGAUCAUCGGCAUGAUGAGAGAGGUGAGAGAGCAGCAGAGGGAUGAGCAGCAGCAGACGACAUCAACAAGCCAAGCCACUGUUCAGCCUCUGCUUCAAGCCAAAGAGAGGGAAUAUGCAAAAGCUCAGGCUGACAUAAAGGAACUGCAGAGGCUGUUGCAAGAGAAGAGUGAAGAAUGCUCUGGAUAUGAGGAGAGAUACUCACACUUAAAGACUGAAUUUAAACAGAAGAUUGCAGAACUCAAUAGAACUGGAGACUCCAAAGCAGCGCUCAUUUUGAAUGUGAUAAACCUGCAUGAUGAGCUGAAAACUCUGAGGGAUUUGAUCUCGACGACAAAAGACCCAGACAGGCUCUCAGAUCUGCAGAGGCAGCUGGAGGAGAAGGGAGAGGAACUAAACUCCAAGACUGCAGACAUGAAGAGAUUGAUUGCCAACCCCAACAUAAUUUUGUCAAUCAUUAAGCUGCAGCAGGAAAUCUGGUACCUGCAGAAAAGGGGGAUCAAUGGAACCACACGGAACAAGGAAAGAGAGUUGCAAACCAGAGUGGAUGGCCUCAUCAGUGAAACAAACAACAAAGGCGAUGAAAGCAUCAAACUGAUGCUGAAAAUCAUGACGCUGCAGAGUCAGGUGGGGCAGCUGCAGAAACAGCUUUCAGACCACCACAUGGUAAAAAGCGCUACGGUAGCCCAGCUUCAAAAGGAUCUUUCUACCAAAGAGAAGGAGCUGCAGAAAUACGUUGAUGAGCUGAACAAGGAGAAUCAGGAAAACGCCCAAUUGAUUGUGACCAUCACUGAUCUGAACAACCGUCUCAGAACUCUACAAGAAGAAAAGCAAAGCGAGGGCCAAACAACUUCUGCAACAAUUACUAAGCUAAAGAAGCAACUGAAGAUAAAAGAAGAGGAGCACUUACGGGAUCAGGUUGAGAUGAGAGCUCUGCAGAAUGAACUGAACCAGACGGCAGCACAGUGUUCCAGCUUUGGGCAGAAAAUUCAAGAUCUGCAGAAUGGUCUGGAUGAGAAGCUGAAGAAACUGCAGUCUGAAUCGGACAGUGUCACUUCACUUGCUCUUCAAGUUUCUACAUUAACCCUGCAGCAGGAGGAGUUAAAGAGACAACUACAAAACACUGAUUCUGAAGCCAAGAUACAAGAGCUUCAAAAACAAAUAGAGGAAAAGAACAACAAGUUGGCCGAAAAAACAGAGGAGCUGAAAGCAAGAAGCGCUCAACCCCAAAGAUUUCUACAUAUUAUCUCAUUACAAACAGAGAUAGUAAAGUUAGUGAACGUGGCAGCAAACAACACAGAUUACAGUAAAAUUAGAGCACUGCAGGACCAUUUGAAUGAUCUGAUCGAAGGAAUUCAAGAUGAAAACAGUGAAAAUACCAAACUGCUCUUUAAGGUUUUGACUCUUCAAGAAGAAGUAGCACGACUGAAGAAGCAAGAAGAGAGUCAGUCAGAAGCUCAGUUAAAGAAAAUUAAAGAUCUGGAGAACGAAUUGGAGGACAUCAGAAUUCAGAUAACAGAAGAGACACUGGCGCUGGACUCCAGUGAUUUGACGUUUUCUAAUCUGUCGGCUCGAAUUACGGAACUUCACCACAAAAUCAAACCACUGGAAGUGAAAAUAUCAGACCUCAAAGACCAACAUGCUGAGAACGUUGCAGCGCUUCAAGCGAGACUGAAUUUGUCAAAGAGGCAACUGCAAGACAGCGAACUUCAACUCAAGGAUGCAGACGCAAAGAAUUUUAAAUUGAUAAUGGAGAUCAUUGAUCUGAGGGAACAGCUGACAAAGGCUCAGAAACAGACAUCACAAGCUGCUGGAAAAAAUAUUAAUGAAUUGGAACAACAACUUCAAACACAACAAAGAGAGAAUAAAAAACUGGAAAACUCCAACAGAGCUCUGCAGAAUGAACUGAACCAGACGGCAGCACAGUGUUCCAGCUUUGGGCAGAAAAUUCAAGAUCUGCAGAAUGGUCUGGAUGAGAAGCUGAAGAAACUGCAGUCUGAAUCGGACAGUGUCACUUCACUUGCUCUUCAAGUUUCUACAUUAACCCUGCAGCAGGAGGAGUUAAAGAGACAACUACAAAACACUGAUUCUGAAGCCAAGAUACAAGAGCUUCAAAAACAAAUAGAGGAAAAGAACAACAAUUUGGCCGAAAAAACAGAGGAGCUGAAAGCAAGAAGCGCUCAACCCCAAAGAUUUCUACAUAUUAUCUCAUUACAAACAGAGAUAGUAAAGUUAAUGAAGGUGGCAGCAAACAACACAGAUUACAGUAAAAUUAGAGCAAUGCAGGACCAUUUGAAUGAUCUGAUCGAAGGAAUUCAAGAUGAAAACAGUGAAAAUACCAAACUGCUCUUUAAGGUUUUGACUCUUCAAGAAGAAGUAGCACGACUGAAGAAGCAAGAAGAGAGUCAGUCAGAAGCUCAGUUAAAGAAAAUUAAAGAUCUGGAGAACAGAUUGGAGGACAUCAGAAUUCAGAUAACAGAAAAGACACUGGCGCUGGACUCCAGUGAUUUGACGUUUUCUAAUCUGUCGGCUCGAAUUACGGAACUUCACCACAAAAUCAAACCACUGGAAGUGAAAAUAUCAGACCUCAAAGACCAACAUGCUGAGAACGUUGCAGCGCUUCAAGCGAGACUGAAUUUGUCAAAGAGGCAACUGCAAGACAGCGAACUUCAACUCAAGGAUGCAGACGCAAAGAAUUUUAAAUUGAUAAUGGAGAUCAUUGAUCUGAGGGAACAGCUGACAAAGGCUCAGAAACAGACAUCACAAGCUGCUGGAAAAAAUAUUAAUGAAUUGGAACAACAACUUCAAACACAACAAAGAGAGAAUAAAAAACUGGAAAACUCCAACAGAGUCUUAGAGGACCGACUGCAACAGUCCAAGCAGAAUGUUGAAAACCUACAGCAGCAGCUGCUUGAGAAGGACGCCAUGCUGAACCGACUGCAACAGCAGCUAGAAGAGAAGACCACAGAGAAUAACAGACUGCAGGACAACUGCAACAACCUGCAAAACGAGAAGAACGAACUUGCGGAGAGGCUGCAAGGUCUUCAAAACCAGCUCAGUGAUGUGGAGGAUAGGACGAUCAAUGCCAAUCUGCAGAUCGGUCUGGAUGAGAAGCUGAAGAAACUGCAGAAUGAAUCGAACAGUGUCACUUCACUUGCUCUUCAAGUUUCUACAUUAACCCUGCAGCAGGAGGAGUUAAAGAGACAACUACAAAACACUGAUUCUGAAGCCAAGAUACAAGAGCUUCAAAAACAAAUAGAGGAAAAGAACAACAAUUUGGCCGAAAAAACAGAGGAGCUGAAAGCAAGAAGCGCUCAACCCCAAAGAUUUCUACAUAUUAUCUCAUUACAAACAGAGAUAGUAAAGUUAGUGAACGUGGCAGCAAACAACACAGAUUACAGUAAAAUUAGAGCAAUGCAGGACCAUUUGAAUGAUCUGAUCGAAGGAAUUCAAGAUGAAAACAGUGAAAAUACCAAACUGCUCUUUAAGGUUUUGACUCUUCAAGAAGAAGUAGCACGACUGAAGAAGCAAGAAGAGAGUCAGUCAGAAGCUCAGUUAAAGAAAAUUAAAGAUCUGGAGAACGAAUUGGAGGACAUCAGAAAUCAGAUAACAGAAAAGACACUGGCGCUGGACUCCAGUGAUUUGACGUUUUCUAAUCUGUCGGCUCGAAUUAUGGAACUUCACCAAAAAAUCAAACCACUGGAAGUGAAAAUAUCAGACCUCAAAGACCAACAUGCUGAGAACGUUGCAGCGCUUCAAGCGAGACUGAGUUUGUCAAAGAGGCAACUGCAAGACAGCGAACUUCAACUCAAGGAUGCAGACGCAAAGAAUUUUAAAUUGUUAAUGGAGAUCAUUGAUCUGAGGGAACAGCUGACAAAGGCUCAGAAACAGGCAUCACAAGCUGCUGGAAAAAAUAUUAAUGAAUUGGAACAACAACUUCAAACACAACAAAGAGAGAAUAAAAAACUGGAAAACUCCAACAGAGAUUUAAAACAAAUGUUGAAAGAACUGAAGAUGUGCUGCAACGAUCAGAACACCCUCUCUGAAGAGCAACAGAGACAACUGCAGGUGUGCCAGCAGGAUAUGGAUCGUCUGGAGCGACAGCUGCAAGAGAGGGAUACCAGCCUCAAACAGCUGCAGCAGGAAAAUCAGAGUCUUCAAAACCAGCUCAGUAAUUUGGAGGGUAGGACGAUCUUUACCAGGAAGAUUACUUUGGAUCCGAACACAGCAAACCCAAGAAUAGCUCUGUCUGCAGAUUAUACUGAGAUGUCCACUGCUGAAGAAAUACAAAACGUCCAUGACCACCAAGGCCGCUUUGAUGUGGUAGUUGCCGUCCUGGGUGACACCGGGUUCUCAAGUGGAAGACAUUACUGGGAGGUGUCUGUCGCUGGGAAGUCUUGUUACCACCUUGGAAUGGCCAGUGAAUCUGCUCUAAGGAGGGGGUCGAUUUCAUUCAAUCCAACAAACGGCUAUUGGACUAUAGUUAAAAACAAACAGGGCCAGUACAGAGCUGCUGAUAACAGACCUGUGCAACUUACAGUGCAGACGCAGCCUCUGACACUGGGUAUUCUGCUGGAUUAUAAAAAGGGACAGGUCUCUUUUUACGAUGCAGGUGCCAGGUCUCAUAUAUACUCAUUUCAAAGUCAAAAGUUUACUGAUAAAAUCCAUCCAUUCAUCAACUUUUGUGUCGAGGACACUGAGAGACGUACUCCGAUUGUUUUACUGACCCCUGGAUCAACUGACUGGAUAAAAUAGGGAGGUGGUGAUUUAAGUUUUAUCCAUGUACAGUAUCACAUUGAUAAUUACCUCAGUAAGUAACAAAAUAAUCCCUGUGAAUGCAGUAUAGUUCACAUACUUAUUAAUGCUGUUGAAUAUUUCAGACAAUAAAACACUGCAAAUAUACAACAAUGCAACUUAUUUAAUCUUAUGUGUAAAAAAGAAAAGGUUCGGUCUCUUGUCCAUGUCAAUCAAUUGGUACAGGAAAAAUAUUGUACAAUUGUAAAUGUAAUGUUCUUACAUCUGAAAUGAAUAAACAAUUUUCGGUGUGCAAGUAAAAUAUGUUCUGACGAAA